GACGGGAAAAGGGGGAGUUCGCGGCCGGUGGCGGCGGUGGCCACAGCGGCGACCUGGGGAUCGAGCUGGAGGGACCUGGGGAGCGUGUAGAGACCUCUAGCUCGAGCGCGAAGGACCUCCCGCGGGGAUGCCUGGGGAGCAGAUGGACCCUACAGGAAGUCAGUUGGAUUCAGAUUUCUCUCAGCAAGAUACUCCUUGCCUGAUAAUUGAAGAUUCUCAGCCUGAAAGCCAAGUUCUAGAAGAUGAUUCUGGUUCUCACUUUGGUGUGCUGUCUCGACACCUUCCUAACCUACAGACGCACAAAGAGAAUCCUGUGUUGGAUGUUGUGUCCAAUCCUGAGCAAACAGCUGGAGAAGAACAGGGAGGCAGUAAUAGUGGGUUCAAUGAACAUUUGAAAGAAAACAAGGCUGCAGACUCUGUGGAUUCUUCUCAUUUGGACACAUGUGGUUCCAUCAGUCAGGUCAUUGAACAGUUACCUCAGCCAAACAGGACAAGCAGUAUUCUGGGAAUGUCAAUGGAAUCUGCUCCUGCUGUGGGGGAAGAGAAGGAAAAAGAGUUGGAAGAGAAGGCGAAAGAGAAAGAAGAUACGGCAGAUAAUACCACACGUUCCUUUGGUGCUGAAGAUCCUGCCUCAUCACAGUUAGGCUUUGGGGUUCUGGAACUCUCCCAGAGUCAGGAUGUUGAAGAACAUACUAUGACAUAUGAAGUGGACAAAGAGCAUCUACAGUCAGUAACCACCAACUCUGGCUAUCCCAGGCUAUCUGAUGUGGAUGCUAAUACUGCAAUUAAGCACGAAGAACAAUCCAAGGAAGAUAUCCCCAUGGCAGAACAGCCCAGUAAGGAUAUCUCUGUGACAGCACAGCCCAGUAAAGUUGCACAUGUGGUAGAAGAGCAAAAUCCACCACCUACAAGGUCAGAGAAUAUGCCUUCUAGUCCUAAAGUGUCUCCUGCUGCUAUAGAAGCAAAAGAACAAAUGUCUGCUCAAGAACUUCUGGAAGGUGGACUGCAGAUUCAGAAGUCACCAGAGCCUGAGGUUUUGUCAACUCAGGAAGACUUGUUUGAUCAGAGCAAUAAAACAGCUUCUGAUGGUUGCUCUACUCCUUCAAGGGAGGAAGGUGGGUGUUCUCUGGCUUCCACACCUGCCACCACUCUGCACCUUCUGCAGCUUUCUGGUCAGAGGUCCCUUGUUCAGGAGAGUCUUUCCACGAAUUCCUCAGAUCUUGUUGCUCCUUCCCCUGAUGCUUUCCGAUCUACCCCUUUUAUCGUUCCUAGCAGUCCCACAGAGCAAGAAGGGAGAAAAGGUGAGCCGAUGGACAUGUCAGUGUUAUCUGAAGAAGGAGGAGAGCCUUUUCAGAAGAAACUGCAAGAUGAUGAACCAGUGGAGAUAGAGAAGCCCCCUCUCCCACCUGAGCCCACUAUAUCACCACAAGCCUCAACACCAGUAUCUCAGAGCACACCAGUCUUUACUCCUGGUUCACUUCCUAUCCCAUCCCAGCCUGAGUUUUCUCAUGAUAUUUUCAUUCCAUCGCCAAGUUUGGAAGAACGAUCAAAUGAUGGGAAGAAAGGUGGAGAUUUGCAUAGUUCAUCUUUGACUGUUGAGUGUUCUAAGACUUCAGAGAUUGAACCAAAGAAUUCCACUGAGGAUCUUGGGUUAUCUUUGACAGGGGAGACUUGCAAAUUGAUGCUUUCUGCAAGUGAGUAUAGUCAGUCUCCAAAGGUGGAGAGCUUGAGUUCUCACAGGAUUGAUGAAGACGGAGAAAACACGCAGAUUGAGGAUACUGAACCCAUGUCUCCAGUUCCCAAUUCUAAGCUUGUUCCUGCUGAAAAUGAUAAUAUCCUGAUGAAUCCGGCACAGGAUGGCCAAGUAGAACUGAGUCAGAAUGAUGAUAAAACAAAGGGAGAUGACACAGAGACCAGGGAUGACAUUAGUAUUUUAGCUUCUGGUUGCAAAGGAAGAGAAGAAACUGUAGCAGAAGAUGUUUGUAUUGAUCUCACUUGUGAUUCAGGGAGUCAGGCAGUUCCUUCUCCAGCUACUCAGUCAGAGGCACUCUCUAGUGUAUUAGAUCAGGAGGAGGCUAUGGAAAUUAAAGAACACCAUCCAGAGGAGGGGUCUUCAGGAUCCGAGGUGGAAGAAAUCCCUGAGACUCCUUGUGAAAGUCAGGGAGAGGAGCCCAAAGAAGAAAAUAUGGAGAGUGUCCCAUUACACCUUUCUCUGACUGAAACUCAGUCCCAAGGGUUGUGUCUUCAAAAGGAAAUCCCAAAACAAGAAUGCCCAGAAGCUAUGGAAGUUGAAACCAGUGUGAUUAGUAUUGAUUCCCCCCAAAAGCUACCAGUACUUGACCAAGAAUUGGAACAUAAAGAUCAGGAAGCUUGGGAAGAAGCUACUUCAGAGGACUCAAGUGUUGUCAUUGUAGAUGUCAAAGAGCCAUCUCCCAGAGUUGAUAUUUCUUGUGAACCUUUGGAGGGAGUGGAGAAAGGCUCAGAUUCCCAGUCGUGGGAGGAUGUUGCUCCAGAAAUAGAACCAUGUGCUGAGAAUAGAUUAGAUACCCAGGAAGAAAAGAGAAUAGAAUAUGAAGGAGAUCUGAAAUCAGUGACUGCAGAAAAGGAACCUAUAGAGGAACAUUCUCCGCAGCUUCCCUUGCCUUUAGUGAGAGCAGAUGAUCCUCUGAGACCUGACCAGGAGAUGCAGCAGCCCCAGCCUCAAGAGAAAACAGAUAACUCAUUAGCAGAAGACUCAAAAAUGGCUAAUGCAAAGCAGCUAGGCCCAGGUAUAGAGGCCCAGCAGCUGGAGAAGGCCUCUACCCAUGCCUCACAAAGCUUCUGUGAAAGUUCUAGUGAAACCCCAUUUCAUUUCACUUUGCCUAAAGAAGGUGAUAUUAUCCCACCAUUGACUGGUGCAACCCCACCUCUUAUUGGGCACCUAAAAUUGGAGCCCAAGAGACACAGUACUCCUAUUGGUAUUAGCAACUAUCCAGAAAGCACCAUAGCAGCCAGUGAUGUCAUGUCUGAAAGCAUGGUAGAGACCAACGAUCCCAUACUUGGGAGUGAAAAGGGGGAUUCUGGGGCUGCCCCAGAAAUGGAUGAUAAAUUGUGUCUAAGAAUGAAACUGGUUAGUCCUGAGACUGAGGCAAGUGAAGAGUCUUUGCAGUUUAGCCUGGAAAAACCUGCAUCUGGUGAAAGAAAAAAUGGAUCUACUGCUGUUGCUGAGGCUGUUGCCAGUCCUCAGAAGACCAUGUCUCUGUUGAGCUGCGUCUGUGAAGCCCAGCAAGAGGAUAAGGCUCGAAGUGAGGAUCCCCCCUCCGCACCCAUCAGGGGGAACUUGCUCCAUUUUCCAAGUACUCAAGAAGAAGAGGAGGAGAAAGAAAAAUUGGAUGGUGACCAAAGAAUCAGGCAGAGUCAACAGCCUAUGAAACCCAUUAGUCCUGUUAAGGAGCCUGCUUCUCCUGCCUCCCAGCACAUGGCCACACAGGAGCCAUCCAGUCCUCAAGGAGAAGCAAUGGAGACAGAUGUGUUAGAAGGCCAUAAAGAAAGACAGAAUACCAAUAAGGAAAAACCUAGUAAGGCCUUGAUUGAAAGGCCCAGCCAAAAUAACAUAGGAAUCCAAACUAUGGAGCGUUCCUUAUGGGUCCCAGAAACUGUUUCAGCAGCAACCCAGACUGUAAAGAAUGUGUGUGAACAGGGGACCAGUACAGUGGAUCAGAAUUCUGGAAAACAAGAUGCCACAGUUCAGACUGAGAGGGGGAGUGGUGAGAAACCAGUCAGUGCUCCUGGAGAUGAUACAGAGUCACUCCAUAGCCAGGGAGAAGAAGAGUUUGAUAUGCCUCAGCCUCCACAUGGCCAUGUCUUGCAUCGUCACAUGAGAACGAUCCGUGAAGUACGCACACUUGUCACUCGUGUCAUCACAGAUGUGUAUUAUGUGGAUGGAACAGAAGUAGAAAGAAAAGUAACUGAGGAGACUGAAGAGCCAGUCGUAGAGUGUCAGGAGUGUGAAACUGAAGUUUCUCCUUCGCAGACUGGGGGCUCCUCAGGUGACCUGGGGGAUAUCAGCUCCUUCUCCUCCAAGGCAUCAAGCUUACACCGCACGUCAAGUGGGACGAGUCUCUCAGCCAUGCACAGCAGUGGCAGCUCAGGAAGAGGAGCCGGACCACUCAAAGGGAAAACCAGCGGGACAGAACCCGCAGAUUUUGCCUUACCCAGCUCCCGAGGAGGCCCAGGAAAACUGAGUCCUAGAAAAGGGGUCAGUCAGACAGUGUGUGAGGAGGAUGGUGAUGCAGGCCUUGGCAUCAGACAGGGAGGGAAGGCUCCAGUCACACCUCGUGGGCGCGGGCGAAGGGGCCGCCCGCCUUCUCGGACCACUGGAACCAGAGAAACAGCAGUGCCUGGCCCCUUGGGCAUAGAGGACAUUUCACCUAGCAUGUCACCAGAUGAUAAAUCCUUCACCCAUAUCGUGCCCCGAAUGCCAGACUCCACCAAACGAGCAGACAUGGGUGCUGGUGCUUUGCGUCGUAGUGACUCUCCAGAAAUUCCUUUCCAGGCUUCUGCUGGCCCCUCUGAUGGCCUAGAUGCCUCCUCUCCAGGGAACAGCUUUGUAGGGCUCCGGGUUGUAGCCAAGUGGUCAUCGAAUGGCUAUUUUUACUCUGGGAAAAUCACACGAGAUGUUGGAGCUGGGAAGUAUAAAUUGCUCUUUGAUGAUGGGUACGAGUGUGAUGUGUUGGGCAAAGACAUUCUUUUGUGUGACCCCAUCCCGCUGGAUACUGAAGUGACAGCCCUCUCGGAGGAUGAGUAUUUCAGUGCAGGAGUGGUGAAAGGGCAUAGGAAGGAGUCUGGAGAACUGUACUAUAGCAUUGAAAAAGAAGGUCAAAGGAAGUGGUAUAAGCGAAUGGCUGUCAUCCUGUCCUUGGAGCAAGGAAACAGACUGAGAGAGCAGUAUGGGCUUGGCCCAUAUGAGGCAGUAACGCCCCUCACAAAGGCAGCAGAUAUCAGCUUAGACAAUUUGGUGGAAGGGAAGCGGAAGCGGCGCAGUAACAUCAGCUCCCCGGCCACCCCCACUGCCUCCAGUAGCAGCAGCACAACCCCUACCCGUAAAAUCACAGAAAGUCCUCGUGCCUCCAUGGGAGUUCUUUCAGGCAAAAGAAAACUUACCACUUCUGAGGAGGAAAGGUCCCCUGCCAAGCGAGGCCGCAAGUCUGCUGCUGUGAAACCUGGUGCAGUGGGGGCAGGAGAGUUUGUGAGCCCCUGUGAGAGUGGAGACAACACAGGUGAACCCUCUGCCCUGGAAGAGCAGAGAGGGCCUCUGCCUCUCAACAAGACAUUGUUUCUGGGCUAUGCCUUUCUCCUCACCAUGGCCACAAGCAGUGACAAGUUAGCCAGCCGCUCCAAACUACCAGAUGGUCCUACAGGAAGCAGUGAAGAAGAGGAAGAAUUUUUAGAAAUUCCUCCUUUCAACAAGCAGUACACAGAAUCCCAGCUUCGGGCAGGAGCUGGCUAUAUCCUCGAAGAUUUCAAUGAAGCCCAGUGUAACACGGCCUACCAAUGUCUCCUAAUUGCGGAUCAGCAUUGUCGAACCCGGAAGUAUUUCCUGUGCCUUGCCAGUGGGAUUCCUUGUGUUUCUCAUGUCUGGGUUCAUGACAGUUGCCAUGCCAACCAGCUCCAGAACUACCGUAAUUAUCUGUUGCCAGCUGGGUACAGCCUUGAGGAGCAAAGAAUUCUGGACUGGCAACCCCGUGAAAACCCCUUCCAGAAUCUGAAGGUACUCUUGGUAUCAGACCAACAGCAGAACUUCCUAGAGCUCUGGUCUGAAAUCCUCAUGACUGGGGGGGCAGCCUCCGUGAAGCAGCACCAUUCAAGUGCCCAUAACAAAGAUAUUGCUUUAGGGGUAUUUGACGUGGUGGUGACGGACCCCUCGUGCCCAGCCUCAGUGUUGAAGUGUGCUGAAGCACUGCAGUUGCCUGUGGUGUCACAAGAGUGGGUGAUCCAGUGCCUCAUUGUUGGGGAGAGAAUUGGAUUCCAGAAGCAUCCAAAAUAUAAACAUGAUUAUGUUUCUCACUAAAGAUACUUGGUCUUACCAGUUUUAUUCACUGCUAUUGUGGAGAUUGUGUUUUAACCAGGUUUUAAAUGUGUCUUGUGUGUAACUGGAUUCCUUGCAUGGAUCUUGUAUAUAGUUUUAUUUGCUGGACUUUUAUGAUAAAAUAAAUGUUGAAUCUCUUUGGUUGUAGUAA